AUGUCUGAAAGCACUAGCCCUAGCGUGUUGAGUUUUCUAAGACAGUAUAGGUUUCAAAGAAAACCUGACGCAUCAGGAACUAGUGGUUCAGUAGCUAUUGCGGCAUCAUCUUCAAACUCUCAACCUCAAAUUAGAAUGCCUGCCCCCAAUGCUGUUAGUAGGAAUGGACCAAUUGUCUACAAGAGGAUUAGGGUACUUGAUUCUGAUUCUGAUGAUUCUGCAUCACCAGCUAAAAAGCCUGUCAAUAAACCAGUAGAACUCACUACAGCUGUAAAGGAGAGAAGGUUUCGGAACAUGCUGGAAAUGUUCCCAGAGAUAUCUCCAAUGCUCAUAAAAAAUACAUUGGUAAAAAAAAGAAUGGAAUGA